GUGUUUCUGGUGUGGGCCGGCUUGUUUGGGUACCGCCGUCACAUUAUGGCGGCGCGCAGAGCAGAACUCGCGUGUGGCGGAGGGAGCCGAGCGACACGGCCCGAGGGGAGCGUGGAACAUCCGCAGGGGCCGGGCGAGGGAGAAGCCCCGGGAUCGGCGGCGGGCGGCUCUGAGUGCCUAAUUCUUACUACAGAAGACUCACAUAUCUGUGAGAUUGGAAGUAGCAACCAGGAACAGCUAAUGAACAGCCAGUGUACAGGACUGAAUACAAUGCUGCAACGUUCAGAAACAAAUUAUGAUGGCACAGAAAAUGCAGGUACACUGGACGAGAUGGAGGAUUACAUAGCCAGAAACAGAAAGCUGUUGGGACCUGAAUUCUGUGCAGAAGAACUGCGAGAAGAGACUCCUGGGAGAGAAGAAACCCGUAUUGAUCCUCCUGAUGGCCAGCAAGACCCAGAAGUUGAGAAAAACAAAGAGAAAACCUUAGGAAAAGAAGUAUUAUUACUGAUGCAGGCUUUAAAUACUCUUGCCAGUCCAGAAGAAAAAUUGGCAGCACUCUGCAAGAAAUAUGCUGAUCUGUUGGAAGAAAGCCGAAAUGUUCAACGACAAAUGAAGGUGCUACAGAAGAAGCAGGCUCAAAUUGUAAAAGAGAAGGUUCACUUGCAGAGUGAACAUAGCAAAGCAAUCCUAGCACGCAGCAAACUGGAAUCUCUCUGUCGUGAGCUUCAGCGCCAUAAUAAAACUAUAAAGGAAGAAAACAUGCAGCAAGCUCGGGAAGAGGAGGAGAGACGCAAAGAAGCAACUGCACAUUUCCAGAUCACGCUGAAUGAAAUUCAGGCUCAGCUGGAACAGCAUGGCAUACAUAAUGCAAAGCUGCGCCAAGAAAAUAUUGAGUUGGGAGAGAAAUUGAAGAAACUUGUCGAACAGUAUGCACUGCGAGAAGAACAUAUGGACAAAGUCUUCAAGCAUAAGGAACUACAACAGCAGCUGGUGGAUGCUAAGCUUCAACAGACAACACAGCUCAUAAAAGAAGCUGAAGAAAAGCAUCAAAGGGAAAGGGAGUUUUUUUUAAAGGAAGCUACUGAGUCCAGACACAAAUGUGAACAGAUGAAGCAACAAGAAGCCCAAUUGAAACAGCAGCUAUCUCUUUACAUGGACAAAUUUGAGGAGUUCCAGACAACAAUGACAAAGAGUAAUGAACUUUUCACAACUUUCAGGCAAGAGAUGGAAAAGAUGACCAAGAAGAUUAAAAAACUGGAAAAAGAGACAAUAGUUUGGCGUACAAAAUGGGAAAACAACAACAAAGCUCUUCUGCAAAUGGCUGAAGAAAAAACAGUUAAAGACAGAGAAUAUAAAGGCUUUCAGAUAAAACUAGAGCGACUGGAAAAGCUGUGCAGAGCUCUUCAAACAGAAAGAAAUGAGUUGAAUGAGAAGGUGGAAGUCCUUAAGGAACAGGUUGCUGUAAGGGAAGCGGAUGUUGAUCUGGCUGUACGAGUGUUGCAAUCAUGCACACUCAGUUCCCAUGAGAAACUGGGGAUUUCUACCAAUGGAGCGGAAGAAGGAAUCCAGCCAGAUCCUGGAUUGAGGGUGGCAACUGAAGGCAAUAGCUCUGAAAAAACUGUCUGCCUAGAUUCCAUUCCUACCACAGAUUUUGUUGACUAAAGUGUAAACACUGUAUUGAGAGAUAUAUUUUGUGUAUAACUUUAACUGGUGGUGGUUAACUAUUAGUUUUGUGGUGAAAAUUUUCUUACUUUUUCUACCAUAUCUGUAUUUUCUUAGAACAACAGAACUUGCCUGGUACAGGAAGCUGCAUAGCAGCUAUUGAAUAGCUUAUCUAUAAAUUUUCCACAACUGUGUUGCACAUCUGCCUCACUUUUUUAAAGAAAACCGACCCUAUCAUAAAGGAUGCAUGCAAAUUCCUUCUUUCUGACCUUGUUAACACACAUCGCCCUGUUAACCAGACUCAUGUACAGAUUUGACAUCGUGUCAGGGGAGUAACUGGUUUGGGAAAAGCAACAGCUUGCUUCUGUUAGGUGGAUUAAGGUUUGGUAUCCAACUCUAAUUACCAAAAAAGGGUGUAAACUAUUGUUAAACAGAGGUGUGAUAACCAGUGGAAGCUUCUGCUCACCAGAUUCAUAUUUGCUUGUACAAACAAAGCUGAAUAAUCGUACAGGGUUUAGUGUAGCUGCAAUCUUGUCUACUGCUUUGAAAUAUAUGUAAUUUUGCAACUGGAAAAAACAGGGUUUACAACUGUCUUUCAUAUUUCUCAGGAUUGACCUGCAGGGUUAAUUCAUUCAUAGGGUGGUUUCUGCCCUACUUCAUAAAGUGAUUAAAAGGGGAGAUGGCUACAGAGAAACUCAAAUUUGAUCUGGGCAGCCACUAACUAAAACCAGGUUAUCUUGUAUGCAUCCUGCCCCCAACUUCACAGGAAAACAUCUCUUUUCAAAAUUGUAAUUUGAAGCAUGCUGUCCAUAAAUAUGUGCCUGAAGUUGCACUUUAGUUAUUACUUAUACUAUGGAGUAGUAGCUAUGUGCUCAAAAUGGCUGGGGCUUAAGUUAGUGGUUGUCUAGGCAAAGUAUUGAUACUUUUUGUAGCUUUUUUUUGCCACUGUGUCUUUUCGGAACAUCGUAUUAUCUACUUGACUGAAUACAUGUUUUCAUUGUCAAGGAUAAUUCAGAAUAUGGAAAAGUCUUUAUGAUGAUGUGUUACCUAAUCCAGGCAGAGCGAUUUAGAAAAAAAACUACUCUGAUCUUAAAUCUUUAGUUAGUGCUUUUUCUAGAAUACAACAUUUUGCUUGACAAAACAUACCAGUAAGUAAAAGUGCCUUCUGGUAUCUACAGGUUACCUGCUGAAUUUGGCAUGUCAAUUUGUAUCUUAACUGAUGCGCAGUGAUCACAGCUCCAUUUUAUUUUUGCCCUGGAGUUUUGAACAUUGGCUUGCUCUGAAAAGCCCCCUAAAUAUGAGUUUUAACACAGGGACCAACAGCAUGUUUACUUUGUUAGUGUAGGCAUUGUGCAAAAUGAUCACAGCUGCUGUUAACUUCGCUUGCUAGUGUUCACUUUCUAAGUUGCAGUUGCUAUUUUGAGGGAUAAAUGUUCCCAUUGCUGGUACCUGAUUUGAUCUUUGCUUUAGAGGGAGUUCACAUUCAAGCACAUAAUUGUUGGUAGGUAUUUGGUUGGCCUACCCCUUCUCUUUUAUGGUUAGUUGCUAAAAAAACUUGAAUAUUCAGGUUGCACUGAGCUCUUCACCCUUUCCCUGAUAUGAUGUACAGUGGGAUAUCAAUAUCUUUAAGUAAGUGAAGUUUGAAAUGAAUUUUUCAAAUGCUAGCUCAUACCACUCAUGAGCAAAGUCAGUUCUACAUCUGUUGUGACCUAAGAACUGGCCAGCUAAUCUCACCCAAGUUGCAUUUGCUCGUUUCUGUGCAUUCCAAGAGCAGUGAAUCUGGUGGGACAUGUGCAGUGAGGGCAUAGGCGCUUAACUUUGCCAAUUUUAACCACUUGGUGGCAUCAGAGAUAUUGGAGAGUAUCUUCAGUGUUAGACACCUUUGGCUACUGUUCUAAAACGAAGACAUAAAAGCAACAGGAUUUUCAACUUGACAGGUGCAGAAAAGAACCAGAAUUUAUUCUCUUAAUGGAGUUAGAAUCUGAAUGCAAAUUGCAAGUAAACUGCAGUGCUUCUUGAGGGUUUUUUACAUGCAAUUUGUUGCCUCUCCUUCUUGCCAGAAUGGUAUAGAACUUCUUCUGCCUGUAGGCAACAAUAUAUUUUGGAUUCUGUUGCAAGCUUUCAAAUUUCAAUAAAUGAGAACCAGUGUAAGUAUUAGGUUUAGUGAUACUGGGGUUGGGGGGGAGGAGGAAUUGGAAUGAUUUUUUGUGUGUUUUAAAAAAUUGCGUGCACAUGCAAGCCUUUCCACUUGGUCUCUCCUAAAUCUCGUUAGGCUAAAUUAAAUUUCCUGAAGCCUUAUAGUCAUUCCAUAGACUGGAGCGAGGGCUACUUUAGGACGAGUCCAGAACUCUGUUGUUCUGCCAUACAUUGCACUGCCGUUCUCCAACAAAUUUGUCCAUGUACUUAUACAACACAUGCUUUCCACAGGCAGCUGCUUUACUGUAAACCAGUAAUCAUGUAUUUAAAAAGAAAAUUAAGGCUAUUGCUUAUACCGUCCAUCUCCGUAUACAUUUUACAGUGAAUUUGCAACAAAUGUGUUCAGUAUCAGGGGGAGGGGUGUACUCUUGCUACCCUUUCAUGAGGUGGAGACAGUGCACAACUGACUGAAUAACCCCUAGAACGUUAAGACUAAUCUUUCACUGACUGAACUAUACGGUCAGUAAAAGUCACCUUUUAUUUGUAACACUGAAGUGUAGUUACAAACUCGGAUGCUUGGGGGCUGUAUCUUCCAAAUCCAUUGUCCUUUGAUUACACCUGGUUAUGUUGCAGUUCAAUUCUCAGGUGUUGCAGAAAAUCUACCUCUUCAGACUAUAGAUGGAAAUAACUGUGAAAAGUGAUGCAGAAAUCUAGUUUGUGCUGAACAGUCUGCUUUAUUUUUACAACCCAUAUCUGCUUUCAUGGAAGAAAAAAAACGCUGAAUGAAUAGCCAGUCUUGUGUUUUGUUUUGUUUUUUUGCUUUUCAGGAACAUUUUGUAGAGAUUUUUCACUAAUGUGAAUCUGAAAUUUUAUCUACUCCGUUCUGUAUAGAUUAAGUAAACAUGUAUGCUUAAUA